GCCAGAGAGCUCUCGACGUCGAUCGUCCACACAACAACUGACUUGAUUUGAUGACUAUCUACAUCUCGGGUGUAUGUGCAACACGAAACUAAACAGCAGUUCUCUCACAUCGAAUUCACUCGAUUCUUUCUCAGCAAAGCCUGAAAAAUUAGAUUUAAUUGAACACAAAUUGAAGUUAUGGUGUUAUCGCUAAAUAAAGCAGCCAAGCUGGAUCAAAAUUUUGAUAAACAUGAAGAAGAGACGUCGCAAAGAGGGGAGCCAACCUUCAACAGCAAGCUCUCCGCGGACGUCGCCGCCAUGUUGGAGUCCGGGAAGCACUACAUAUUUCAGCUUUGCCGAGAAUCCCAGUGGUAUUCCUGAUGUUCCUUCAGGAAGCAGCCAGGGGUUAGUCCUGGAAGACAUUGAGGAAACAAGCAGUGCGGACGGCAUAUUUGCAUCAUUCUUCAAAGAUGGAAAUGGAGCAAGUGUUCCCGGUCAUGGGGACAAGAAGUUUCUUCGUUUCAUUCAUUAUUUGACGGAUAACAGGAAGUUGGUGUGGGAGACUGUGUUAUGGAACAAACGGCUGUACGUUCAGGUGCCAGAUGAUUUAGCACAUCAGGGAAGUAGAGACAGUUUUGUUGCUCUUCUGGAUGCUGCUGAAGAGCACCUUGGCUGCACCCAGGUCAUCAUCGGCCUUCGUCAAGGUGCAGUGGACAGGGCACAGCUCAUCAGAACCUUCAAGUUCAUGGGCUUUGAGUUGGUGCCACCGAGUCAUCCUGAGCUUCCAAGCUUGGCAGAUUAUCUCUUCAUGGUGUCGGAUAUAUAAGACCGUUUUAACAAUGGUUAUCGGUGAUGUAGACAGGCAUGAUAUUCUUUCCACUUUAAUCUGGUUUUCAGGUUUUGUUUAGCCCUUGGAAAGAUUUGAAGAAACGAGAUUAAAUAGCAUAAAUAGUGUAUUAAAGCCUGCACCAUGUAGGUCAGCCCUUGUAUUCCUCCUUUUUUCAAAGGACCAAAUAUCAUGCGUGUGUAGAGAGUCUCUCUCUGUACAUCAUUUGUAACAUAAAUAAGGGCCCUCUUCUUGUAAAGCCCUGUACACACUUCGUGACAAUGCGAAGCAAACAUCGCAGGAACAAUUUUUGCACAAGCUGAAAUGUCCUCAUCUCUUGCUAAACAUUCGCGUCAAAUAAUGAAUUGAUACAGAAAUUUGCUUUGCGUUGAUGCAUGAAGUGUGGACCAGGCUUAACAGAUUUGGUUGAAUGAAUAAUCUAGUUUCCCGAGUACCAAUCAUCUUAAGAAGGUAUUCCAACUUCAGGCCUGUAUGCUUCGUUUUUGAAAGGGCCAGGGCACCAAGGCAUUUUCCCCUUGGUGAAUGGCACCCUAUG